AAAGCGAUAAACCUCUCUCCUUCGAUCGUUUUUUCUUCUUCUUCUUCUCCUUCUCCGCUGCAUCAUCUGCUCUUUCUUCCGGAAUUUGCAGAGUGAGAGAGAGAGUGAGUGAGUGAGAAAAAGAGAGAUAUAGAUAAUGGAUACUGGGCUAAGCGAGAUCGGAAGCACGAAGAUGUUCGAUGGCUACAACAAAAGAUACAAACACCACAGCCCAACACUCGGAUGUUCCAUGACUUUCUCAGUCUACUUCCCUCCUUCUCCCUCAUCUUCCAAAAGGUUCCCUGUGCUUUACUGGCUUUCUGGCCUCACCUGCACAGACGAGAAUUUCAUCAUCAAGUCCGGGGCUCAACGUGCUGCUUCUACCCACGGCAUUGCUCUUGUUUCUCCAGAUACUUCUCCAAGAGGACUAAAUAUUGAAGGCGAAGCAGACAGUUACGACUUCGGUGUAGGAGCUGGAUUUUACCUCAAUGCUACACAGGAGAAAUGGAAGAACUGGCGUAUGUAUGAUUAUAUUGUCAAAGAGUUGCCAAAACUCCUGAGUGAAAACUUAUCUCAGCUGGACACAGCAAAAGCAUCUAUCUCUGGACACUCCAUGGGUGGACAUGGAGCUCUUACUAUUUACCUGAAGAACCUCGAUAAGUAUAAGUCCGUGUCUGCGUUUGCACCAAUUGCCAAUCCCAUAAAUUGCCCGUGGGGACAGAAGGCAUUCACCAAUUAUCUAGGUGACAACAAGGCUGCUUGGGAGGAAUACGAUGCCACUUGUCUUAUUUCAAAGUUCAACGAUCUGUCUGCCACAAUUCUAAUUGAUCAGGGAGAAAACGACCAGUUCUUCCCUGAUCAGUUAUUGCCCAACAAGUUCGAGGAGGCAUGCAAAAAGGUGAAUGCGCCGCUCUUAGUCCGUAUGCAGCCAGGAUACGACCACUCCUACUAUUUUAUUGCCACAUUCAUCGAAGACCACAUUAGCCACCAUGCUCAAGCCCUUGAGCUCUAGCUCAGUCCAGCUGCGUGGCUUCCGGCUUUGGCUUUGUCCAAAUGUUAGUAUCAAUCAAUAAAGCUAGUGGACUUGUCAUGUUUUGUGUUCAAUAACUGGUCUGUGUGAUGUUUUGCCUAAGAUAAUAAUAAAAAAGUUUGUCUCUGCUUCAUCUCUAAA